AUGUUGACAUCUACUCUCCUUUUUGUCUUUCUUUUUCAGCUCUUCGCAGCAGUUAGGACAGCACCGGUACCAUUUGAUUUCGGUGGUCACCUCAAUAAUAUCUUCGGUGGCGAAGACGAUAAUUCUAGCACUAAUGACGAGGACUCAAGUGGGUUCUUUGACGGGCUUCUCGACAAGGCCGAGGAUGCGGUCUCGGAAGACGCGAGCGACUUACUCAAAGGUAUCCUCGGAGACGAUGACUCCGCCUCUUCCAACACGACGACAAGCACUGUCAGCGUCAGCUCAACAGAUUUAACAGCUGCCUUUUCUCGUCCGGCCUUCUUCAGUCGUAUAGCUUAUUGCUCCAGUGCUUCCGUAGAGAGUUUCAGCUGCGGCGCACCUUGCGAUGCUCUUGAAGCGGAAUCGGUCGAUAUCUUGGCAACUGGUGGUGACGGCGGUACAAUACCAAAGUUUGUCAUCGCGCAUGACAAGUCGACCAACUCGAUUGUCGUAGCACAUCAAGGCACAGACCCGGAAAAUAUACUCUCUAUCCUCAAUGAUGCUGAUUUAGUUCUCACCCCGAUCGACACUGAAUCUUUCCCUUCGGCGGCUGGGAAAGGUAUAGAAGUCCAUUCGGGCUUCCUGGAAACAUUCUCGAGAACUGCAUCAACCAUCCUUUCCACCGUAAAAUCCGCACUGUCCAGCACCGGAGCAGAUAGUGUAGUUCUCACAGGCCAUUCUCUUGGCAGUGCAUUGGCCAUGCUUGACGCGCUCAUGUUUAACGAUGCCCUAGCCAACGUAUCCAUCCAAACCACCACAUUCGGGUCCCCGCGCGUGGGUAACCAAGCUUUCGCAGAUUUUGCCGACACUUCUCUCUCAAGUGGGGUUUUUGCGAGAAUGACCAACAAGGCUGACCCCGUUCCGCAUUUGCCGCCGAUCGUGUUGGAUUUCGUACAUCCACAGGGAGAGGUGCAUCUCGGGGAUGCUGGAGCUGUGCUGUGCGAGAGACAGGAGAAUAAGUCGGAAGCUUGUGCAGAUGGGGAGGGGCUGUUAGCUAUUACAGAUGGGGUGGGAGAUCAUCUAGGGCCGUACUUUGAUGGGAUAUCCUUUGGGCUGGGCGAAUGUUCGGCAUAA